CUAUUGGUCGUGAGCACUCUGUGCUGGUGCACCGCGGGCAGUUUCGCGCUAGCGCCGCUGAGCAGAGCACCUGGAUUCGGGUGGGUUUAUUACCGAGACACCGCGACAGACAUGCCGCCGAAGAAGCCAGCUCAACCCACGGGCAAUAAGAAAACCCAGGAGAAGAAGAAGGAAAAGAUUAUUGAAGACAAGACUUUUGGACUGAAGAAUAAAAAAGGAGCCAAACAGCAGAAGUUCAUCAAAGCUGUCACACAGCAGGUCAAAUAUGGACAACAAAACUCUCGACAGAUCGCUGCUGCUGAAGUCGACAAGAACAAGAAAGGGGACAAGAAGAAGGAGAUCUCCGAGCUGAACGAGCUCUUCAAACCUGUAGUGGCUGCACAGAAAGUCAGCAAAGGUGUGGAUCCGAAGUCUGUUCUGUGUGCGUUCUUUAAACAAGGCCAGUGCACUAAAGGGGAUAAGUGUAAGUUCUCUCAUGACCUCAGUCUGGACAGGAAGUGUGAGAAACGCAGUGUGUACGUGGACGUCCGAGAGGAGGAGCUGGAGAAAGACACGAUGGAGAACUGGGAUGAGAAGAAGCUGGAGGAAGUCGUCAACAAGAAGCACGGAGAGGCUGAGAAGAAGAAGGCCAAGACUCAGAUCGUGUGUAAGUACUUCCUGGAGGCUAUAGAGAAUAAUAAGUACGGUUGGUUCUGGGUGUGUCCUGCGGGAGGAGACGGCUGUAUGUAUCGUCACGCUCUGCCCGUCGGUUUCGUCCUGAAGAAGGACAAGAAGAAGGAGGAGAACGAGGAGGAGGAGAUCUCACUGGAGGAACUCAUCGAGAACGAGCGAGCGGCUCUGGGACUGAAUGUGACGCGCAUCACUCUGGAGACCUUCCUGGCCUGGAAGAAGAGGAAGAGGCAGGAGAAGAUCGAUAAAGCUCAGCAGGACAUGGAGAGGAAGAAGGCAGACUUUAAAGCAGGAAAAUCUCUCGGGGUGAGCGGACGAGAAGUGUUCGAGUUCCGGCCUGAGCUGGUUAACGACGAUGACGAGGAAGCGGACGACACCAAAUACGCCAAAAUAGACGAUGAGCUCACACAGGAGGUGGAGGAGGAGGAGGAGCAGUGCCAGGACAUCGACAUCGCCCGCUUCGUCCUUAAAGAGGUGGACAACACGGGGAUAACGGUGGCGGCGGCGGACAGGUUCUCGUCCCGAGUGCAGCCGAGCGGUGAGACAGACGGUGAGACAGACGAUUACAAACUGAGCGAGGCUUCGGGCGGGGUCGAGAACGGUGAGGACCACACGCUGGAGGAGGGCGGAGCCAGCACUGACAGUGACGGAGGCGGGGCCGGGGAUGAGGAGGCGGAGUCAGGGACUGUGCCAGUGGAUGAGAAUCUGUUCACGGGGGAGGAUCUGGACGAACUGGAGGAGGAGCUUAACACACUCGAUCUGGACGAGUAACACUCAAGCCUCGACACGAACUAUUCUUUUUUUUUUUUUUUUUUCCUCCCCUUUUUCCUCUUUCUCUCUACCAAUCAGAUCAGCCGUAGAGGAAACCUCUCAGUGGACGUAAGAGAAUAAAGAUGAUCAUCAGGGUCAUGUGACUCUCUGCUUACGUUAUUUGGUCCAAACUGCUUUCAUUCGGCCAUAAUGAAUUAAAACCAGCCGCUUUUUUUUCCAUCGUAAUAAAAACAAAUGUUUUAGCGCAAUAUUUUACGAUACGUUACUAAAACGCGAGUCCUCGGUCCAAAUGCUGGUUUCUGUCAGCCAUGUUUGUCCAAACAAUGAGCAGAAUUGUGCUACUUUUCGAACGGGACCUCGCUGCCGACAUAGGCAGCCUACUUCUAAGUGGAAUUCAGCAGGGGCGGAGCCUGGGUUAAGUCUGCUCAGCCAAUCACAUCAGCCUACCUGAUCAUGUGACAUUGCCACCUUUCACCUAUUUGACUUGAUGAACACUGUUUUGAUUUACACUAUCAUGGUUUAGCAGCUAGGCUAGCAAGCUAAUAUGCUAAUGUCAGCCAGUUAACCAGGAACAUCUAGCAGUAAGCUAUCUGAUAUUGUGUAGCUAGCAAACUAUUACGCAGCAAAGUUUGCUAGCAAGCUACAUAAAUACAGCAUUGUUCUAACUUUAGCCAGCUAAUGUGUUAGCAUGACAAAUGUUUUAGUUAACUGAAUUAGUAGCUAGCCAAAACUGCUCAAAAACAAGCUAACCCUAGGGAAGCUAUAGCUACAUACAUGCAGCUCUCUGCUAGCAUUAGCUGGCUAACAUGUUAGUAUAAUGAAAUUGUUAGCUACCUGCUUGUGUAGCUAGUCAAGUUCACCGAACUCACCAACUUUAGCUGAGCUACUAUGUUGUGUAAAAUAAAGUGGGAAAACAUGUUAGCUAGCAAGCUAAAUGCAGCGCUGUGCUAACAUCCUGCAAACUGUGCUAAUGUUAGCAUGCUAACUAGCUAGCUAAUGCUGGAGCGGUAUGUUAAAUGCGUCAUUAAGUGGCGUAGAAGUUAAAAGAAAUUAGUGUUGUCACAUGGUCAAGUUUAACCUAAUCUCCGCCUCCUGGUGCGUGAAUCGGCUGUUUGAUUUCUAACAAAAUAAAGAUUUCGCCUGCUGAGUGUGUGAUCUGAAGGCUGUACAGGGGUGUGUGUGUGUGUGUGUGUGUGUGUGUGUGUGUGUGUGUGUGUGUGUUUUAUCCUCCUUCUGGCCAAGGUGAAAGUGUAAAUAAAGCAUAUCACAGACUGA